AUAAACAAUUAUUGUGCUUAAACCGGGGAGGAGCAUCUCAUCGGGUUCGAUGGGGGCACUCGCCCCUAGACCACCCAUCAGACCUCAGAGCCAUUCCCCCGGGACCACCGCAGACAAGGGGGCGUCGGGGUGCCAGGCUGCGCGGCUCACACGGGCCACGGGUGGAGCGGCCACACCGUCGAGUCACCCGGGUGCAUCUGGAGGUUGGGCUGAGCGCUCAUUGAAGAGGCGGCGGCUGGGAACCCCGCCUCCUGCCCAGGAGACAGAUAGCCGCGGGCCAGCCAGUGAUUCGGGUCUCAGCCCUGGUGGCAGGGCACUCGGGACCCUCCUGCUCCCUCUGGGCCCUCGCUCCCGCCCCCGGGAGAACUUUCCCUCUCGGUCGGAGCGGGUCUCCGCGCUCGCCACGCUCCCCGGCCGCGCUCUGACGCGCGCACCAUGUGACAGGCUCCCUCCAGCUAUAAGCGGCGCGGAGGGCCGCCCUCUCCUGGUCUCAGCCCUCCACUCCCUCCCGGAGCUCCGGCCCGGGGCUCCCGGUUCCACACCCUCCCGGCGUCUGACCGACCCGCUCUCCCAGGGCCCCGCCACCCCCUCCUCCAGUGACCCGGCCCGGGGCGCUCGGAGGGGAAGGUCAAGGGCCCCUCCCGGGCCGGGGAGCGCGGGGCGCGGGGGCGCAGGGCCGCGGGGACGCAGGGCCGCGGGGACGCCGCGGCGGAGGCGGAGGCGCUGGAGUUUCCAAGUCGCUGCAGCGCCAGCCCGGGCCGCGCCGGCCCCGCCGCAGCCCCCGCACCCACAGCCUGAGCCGCGGCACCCCCAGCGUGGCGCCCCGGGGCCCGGCCCGCCGCCCGGGACCAGGGCCGGGGCGCGGCGGGAGCCCGGAGCCCGGCGCCCCUAUGCGCCCCCUCGCCGCCGCCGCCAACGCCGCCGCCAACGCCGCGCGCCAGCGAUGACCCUGAGUGCGGACAUGUCCGAUGCCUCCGGCCUCGCCGAGGAGACCGACAUCGACGUGGUGGGGGAGGGCGAGGACGAGGACGACGAGGAAGAGGAGGACGAGGGCGGCGGCGGCGGUGGGGGGCCCCGGCUGGCGGUCCCCGCCUCGCGGCGGCGCCGCUCCUACGCCGAGGACGAGCUGGAGGACCUGGAGGAAGAGGACGACGACGAGGACCUCCUCCUGGCCCCGCGGGCGGGCGGCUCCCCGGGGGCCCCGGGCCCGGCUCCGGGCGCGGGGGCCGGGGCUGGCGCGGGCGGGGGCGCGGGCGGCGUUGGCGCGGGCGCUGCCGGCGGCGCUGGCGGGGGCGCGGGCGGCGCCAAGAACCCGCUGGUGAAGCCGCCCUACUCGUACAUCGCGCUCAUCACCAUGGCCAUCCUGCAGAGCCCCAAGAAGCGGCUCACGCUGAGCGAGAUCUGCGAGUUCAUCAGCGGCCGCUUCCCCUACUACCGGGAGAAGUUCCCCGCCUGGCAGAACAGCAUCCGCCACAACCUCUCGCUCAACGACUGCUUCGUCAAGAUCCCCCGCGAGCCGGGCAACCCGGGCAAGGGCAACUACUGGACGCUGGACCCCGAGUCCGCCGACAUGUUCGACAACGGCAGCUUCCUGCGCCGGAGGAAGCGCUUCAAGCGGCAGCCGCUGCUCCCGCCCAACGCCGCUGCCGCCGCCGCCGCCGAGACGCUGCUCCUCCGCGGGGCCGGGGGCGCGGGGGGCGCGGGCGACCCGGCCGCCGCCGCCGCGCUCUUCCCGCCGCCGCCGCCGCCGCCGCCCGCCUACGGCUACGGCCCCUACGGCUGCGGCUACGGCCUGCAGCUGCCGCCCUACCCGCCGCCCUCCGCGCUCUUCGCCGCCGCCGCGGCCGCCGCCGCCGCCGCCUUCCACCCGCACUCGCCGCCGCCGCCCCCGCCGCACGGCGCGGCCGCCGAGCUGGCCCGGACCGCCUUCGCCUACCGGCCGCCCCCGCUCGGCGCCGCCGCCGCCCUGCCCGGGCCCCUGCCGGCCUCCGCGGCCAAGGCGGGCGGCGGCCCCGGCGCCUCGGCCCUGGCGCGCUCGCCCUUCUCCAUCGAGAGCAUCAUCGGGGGCAGCCUGGGCCCCGCCGCCGCCGCCGCUGCCGCCGCCGCCGCCGCUGCGCAGGCCUCGCCCGCGCCCUCGCCGGUGGGGACGCCGCCCGCGUCCGCGCCAGGACCCGGACCCGGACCCGGUCCUGGACCCGGCGGCGGCGGCUGCGCGGCUCAGGCGGCCGUGGGUCCCGCGGCCGCGCUCACUCGCUCGCUCGUGGCCGCCGCGGCCGCCGCCGCCUCCUCCGUGUCCUCGUCGGCCGCGCUGGGGACGCUGCACCAAGGCGCCGCCCUGCCCGGCGUGGAGCCCUUUACCGCUAGGAUUUCCAAUUGUUAGGAACGCGCUGUUGGCGCGCGAGGACGCAGGUAGGACCCCGCUCCUUUCCUCCUCUCGGUGGGUUUGGUGUGUGUAGCCCGCCCCUCCCGACCUCGCACCCCGGUCCUCGCCGCUUUGGAUUCUCAGAGGAGACUGUGUGGCCACCGAUCGCCUUGGGCCCCGCGGGUCCUUCUAUUUAUGCAGUUGCCCUGUGCGGCGGCCUCCAGCCCGGGUUGGGAGGGAGAGGGUGCUGGUGGGAUCCGCCCUGUCGAGGCACCAGGGGCUUCCUUGACGUUGGGGAAAUAAUCUUAAACAUUCUAAAGCCUUUUUUGAGGUCUAGAGAUGCUCAGGUCCAGGCAUGAAUCAGUAAUGUUCAAAAUGAGAAUACAAAAAUAGUAAAGGUCCUGAAGAAUGCCAGCAAAGCAAUAGUUUUUACUUGAGGACACUUGUCUGGUGUGCUUUUUCAUGAAAAGGAAAAAAAAACACACACACAAACAAUUCACAUGUUUACACAAGGAAAAAAGUCAAAAUUAUUUCUUAUUUUAACCUGUGUUUUGUACCAUAAUAGACACGCGGAACUUUUAUUUUGUACUUACUGCAUAUUCUUUACAAGGAGUAUUGUAAAUUUUACGGGCAAUUGUACUAUUCUAAUGUAAGAUUUUUACACCUUUUUUCAGAAAUAAAAUGCUUACUUUUCAAAGAAAACCCACCAAAAGAAUUUGCUUCAAUUGUCCCCUUCUUAGUUUGCUUUCUUUUUUAUGAAGAAAAAAAAGUUUCUAUGCGAGAAAAGUAGGAAGGAACCUAUUAUGGAAAAGGCAAGUGCUAUUUUCAAAGAGAGUUUAACAAAACUUUCAUUGCAGGAGAUCAGAAGUUAUUUUUAAAUGACUACAAAUAAAAGACGUCACUUUGGUA